CACUUUUCUCCUGCUCCACUCAGCGAUGCUGACCGGGCAAAAAUUCAAGGCUGCAGGAACUCAAAUCCAUGCAUCAGGGGAGUCGGUGUCAGCAUCCAUCCUUUUUGGCUGAUGGUCCACGGCAUAGGACGACAGGUCUUGAUCUUUCAUGCAUAAGGUGACUGUCCUGCUCCAGUGCCCCUGUAUCUAUAUACAGUAUGCGUACCCCCACGUUGCUCAGCACCUAGCCUGCUACCUAAAUUAAUUAGCCAGACCCCUCUUCUUUGUGCGUGCAUAAAGACCUGCCGAGUCAGGCGCCUUCGCACAGCCCACUGAAACAUGGAAGGCGCACCAACGCUGUAUGGCCCUACACAGGCGCCAAAGCAGUUUGUUCUGUGCUUUGAUGGCACAGGAAACAAGUUCUGUGGGGAUGGGUCGGACAGCAAUGUUCUGAAGAUCUUUCGGAUGCUCGAUCGGAGCAAGAGCCACCAAUUCCACUACUACCAGCCAGGGAUCGGAACCUAUAUAACCAGCACUUCCCUUUCUAGCCAUGGGCGCAUCCAGAAGAUCAAAUCGGCAUACCUAAAAGCCAAAGACUCCGCCGUGGGUUCUUCAUUUGACGAGCAUGUAAUGGGCGGGUAUAAGUUCCUGAUGAGGUACUACCAACCCGGAGACGAUAUAUACUUUAUCGGUUUCAGCCGAGGCGCAUAUAUUGCACGUUUUCUGGCCGAGAUGCUUGAUUAUAUAGGUUUACUCGGAGCCGGGAAUGAAGAGUUGAUCCGAUUUGCUUGGAAAACAUUUGCCAAAUGGCAGCAGCGACGUGAUGAUAAUGACAAGGAGCGCGAUGAGAAGAAAAGAUUGUUCAAAUACAUGAAAGCCUUCCGAGAAACUUUCAGCCGGCCGAUUAGCAGGAUCAAGUUCAUGGGCCUAUUCGACACAGUCAACAGCGUUCCCAAGUUCGAGUCCGCGUGGAUGCAGAGAAAUAAAUUUCCCUACACCGCUCGAAGCUCGGCUAGGGUCAUUCGACAUGCAGUGGGUAUUGACGAGCGGCGGGCUAAGUUCCGCCAGGAUUUGAUUUCCGAGGCAAAGCCAUGGCAUGAGAAGAAGCCGAACAUCCAGGGGCGGCGGAGGCAGUAUCUGCACCAACUCCGUCACCCAAUGGAAGCCCGCGGGAAUGGAAAUGUGCCUGUCCUUAGGAUCAACAGUGAUAAUGUUGGUAAUGAUGAGGCCCAAGGGGUACAUUCCAGCAAGCACAAGGGUGAGGAGACCGCGUCGGUCUACCGCAGCACCAAUGCCUCUCGUGAGGAUCUCCAUACUGGUCACCGGUACCGUGCACCUAACCUCAUGGUGCCUGUCGGGAGGAUUAGCCUUGCCGUACCCAUGUCGAACGAGUCCACAGAGGACGUGAGCUCGAUCAGAAGUGGACAGUCAGGACAACUAUCGCUUCGCGUACCAGGAACAGUCGGUUACCUCACGGAGGAAGACGAGGAAACACAGGACAUCCAAGAAGUAUGGUUUCCUGGCGGUCAUGCAGACAUUGGAGGAGGGUGGAAACUUGGAGAAAAGGAGGAUUGGCCUUUGAGUCAUGCCCCCUUGGUGUGGAUGGUCCAAGAGGCAAAGAAGGCCGGGCUUCAGUUUGAGCCUAAGAAGUUGAAGCAGUUCGAGUGUGACGAAGAGUUCGACGGAGACUACACCCCAAUCAAUGAACAUCCCCGCUGCAACCAUCAUCGUGACUUCUGUCGCGAUCCUACGCACGGUCACGCGGGCGAUGGCCAUAUCCCACUCAGAUUGGCUGGCGAUGUGAAGAAAAAGGAUGCUUCCCAAUCAAGCUGCAGCUUCCGAGAGGCCCUUCUCGCUUCCAGCACUGAGGGCUUACUUCACGACUGCCUGGAGUUUAACAAUGGAUUGUCAGCAUUUUCUGUUCUCACAUGGCGUUUGAUGGAAUACCUUCCCUUCCGACGGAUGGACCUGCAAAAGGAUGGCUCAUGGAAGCCGAUUCGCUGGCCGCUCCCCUGCGGAGAGGUACGCGAUAUCCCCGACGAUGCUCAAAUCCAUGUCUCCGCAAUUCGUCGCAUGCAGGCCAAUCCGGAAUACCGACCUGGUAACUUGAUCAUUGGCGGGGGCGGGCGUGGAGUCAAACGAGCGCCAGCAAGGUAUGGGAUCGGGGAAUGGGAGCUCAAGAGCUACGGUGGCGACAUUGUGCGCGAAGUGUAUGUGCGGAGGAAGAACUUGACGGUGUGUAUCGAUGAAGGCCAUCGGUGACACCAAAGCUUUUGCCACCAUCACAAUUCAGAUUCAGAAUCCAUCUGAGAAGAAACCAGCGAUGCACUCGGACUGAUAUCUUUUCUGUGUUUCACUUCUUCUUUUUUCCCCUUUCCUUUGCAUUUAAUCUUUAAUCUGUUCGGGUUUUCUUGAUUUAGAACCCUCCUCAAUGUGUCUGCGUUAGGGCCAAG